GGAGCCAAACACAAACAGCCUGUUUAAGUUCAGCUGAGUUUAGAGGAGCGGUAAAAUGACCAGACUGGACCGAUUAAAUUCAUUCCUGUCCGAGCGACUAACGGCGGCGCUAAAUGAGAUAAUAUACACGGUAAGCAUGACGAUGAAGGAGUACGAGGAGGAAACGGCACGGAUACGUAAAGAAAACGAGCAUCUAAAGGAAAUGUUAAAGGUUACAGCCUGCAGCGCUCCAGAAGCCCAUCCUGAUGUGGUGGUCUUCUCUUUGCCAAGUGGACAAGAAGACUGCAACUCAAGCUUGGGGCAGAAAUCAGAGCCCCAGGAGAGCCAGAAUGAACACCAGCAACUGAAGGAAGAAAACUCCUGCAUAAAAACAGAGCAGCCCUCUUACCCUACAGAUGCUGAUUCUGAGACAUAUGCAACACAGCCAGACUGCACUGUGGAGCCUCUCCAGUGCACCUCGCCCUUAAACGCACAGGCUGUUGACCAAGACAUGAUACACUAUGAGUUGACAGAGAUCAAAGUAGAGUCAGCGGACACAGACUCCUAUUCAGAAACCACAGAUGAUAUGGACAGCACGGACAGUACAGACAGUACGGACAGUACUGAACAGUGGGAUAGGAUUUCAGAAAAAAGUGACCAGAGUAGUGUGCACCAAGCAUCCAGUCGGUGGCCAUGCGCAGUUAAAGGAGCUCGCUUUAAAGAAUCUGUCUCGCAAAACAGGCCCAUGGAAUUUCGACCUGUGUUCAGCAUCUCAAAUCAGAUCUCAUGCAAUAACAAACAGCAUUGUACGAGCAGGCAGUGUGAAAUGCACAAGACCAUACCUAAAUCGAGUCCUGUGUGGAGGUAUUUCUCCCUGAAAGAGGGAGACUGCAGUAAGGCGGUGUGUCUCAUAUGUAAGGCAGUGAUAUCUCGUGGGAUUAAAGAAUACACAACGUCUGCGUUGUUACGACAUCUCCGUGGGAAACAUGGCAAAUGCUAAUUUUCGUGCUUUCCUUUUAGUUUGCUAUGAUUCAACUGCAGUUCAGUUGCAGUACACACUGUUAACCUAGUGCCUGUGAGCUCCCAUUACUUGUUAGCUAUAUUAGUACCUUCAGGGCAAAUCUGAAGAAGCAUACACCAAACACGUCUUGGCUUGAGAGGAAAAUUGUGUAAAUUUCAUUCUUAAAGCGAACCAUUACUUGAAGAGCAGUUAAAAUGUUUUAUUCUCUCAUGACCAAAGGUACGUGAACACAAAACUUGCACACUAAUAAAAAAAAAAAGCCAAACCAUCACUUCAAAGCA